CGACAACGAAGUCGUCUCCACUGCACAUUUAAUUAAUCGGGAUAAAAAUUUCGUCCGAGAAACAGGGGCGUUUUCACUUUUACAACGUAACGUAACGCUUGUGCGCGUGUGUGUGCGCGUGAUUGUUCGUUACGGUAAAAUAUCGUUAAUUCCCAGACGACGAAGAAUCAUCGACAGCAAGCAGCUUCUUCGUGCUUGUUCUUAUUAUUCCCGUCAAACGAUGGCUUCGUCGUAUAUACCAGUGUUUAACGCAACGGCGGCAGCGACGCGACGAUGCGAUAUUGUAAGCCGACUCUGAACCGUUAGAGGCUGGGAUCAACGACGCCUCUCGCUCCUACGGUUUCGUUUCGGAAAGAAAGGGGAAAAAGUAAGAAGAAACAAACGACGAGCUGUGACGUGUUUUGUUACACGCGUCAUACGACGACGAACGCGUCCGUUCGAGAUGGAAGUAAAGUCCUGUUGCUCCUCUGGCUUUGUUCCGUAAUUUUUCUUCCCAUCAGCGACGACACUGGGCGUCGAAAAAACGAUGAGAAACAAACGGCAGAACAGGAACAGGCACAAAAAACAAAAAAAGGAAGACAUACCCCGGCCACCCUCGAAACAGGACGAUAAUUACUAUCUAAUCCGUGUAACACGUCGGCAAUCGAUCCACCCUGUUCAACAAUAAACGAUACGCAAAGGACGCCCCAUGAAAACGAUGAUACAUCGCGGUCACUGCAUCAAUGCUCCUCGAACGAUGAACACGAUGAUAAACGAUACAGCCAGAAGUUGCAAUCUGACGCGUAUUUUGUCCGACGUUGGAUACAAAAUAACGAUCGAAUAAUAGUUAUUUUGACGAUAGAAAGUUUGAAAAACGACAAAGAAGUAACAAGUAAAAAUCGACAAACAGUGUGCGCCAGAGUGGCGUAAAGCUGAAAGACUGAUCUCUACGUAAUGUGUGGAAAAAUGAGAGAAUAAAAAAUUAAAUGAAAACUGCAGAAUUUCGCUACGCGGGUGAAAUCACGCGAAAACUAUACAACACAGGGUCAAGUUUUUUUUCGGUGAAUGUGCGUGGUGGGUGGCUUGUGCUCGCGAUAUAAUAUAAUUCGUGUAAAAGUUGGGUGCCUGUGCCGCAUAAUAAUAAUACCGAGUAUCAAUCGUUACGAAGGCGAAGCCGGUUGGUUCCUUAUUUACUUGCACACUUGUUUAAUGUAAGAGGAUUAUUAGCGAGCAGCUGACCGCGCAGCAAUUCCCUUGCCACAUCCUAAUAUCUUUGUCGUCUUCGUUACGCCCGAGAGUCACGCAAACGCAGAGAGAAAGAGAGAGAGAGAGAGAGAGAGCAAUGGUUAUUCCGUAACUUUUGUCGGUGUUCGGGCGAUUUUUUCUCUCUCUCUCCCCCCUUCCCCCCCUUCGAUCUUUUUUCUUCCAUUUUUCUCCCUUCUUCUCCACGUCGAGCCUCAGCCGAGCCGAGUAACAGUUUUUCUUUUUAUCUCGCUCGCCACUGUUACUUCUACUCGGACGCCCGUAUCUUUGCUGCACGAUAAUAAUUGGAUCAUAGAAUCAGAUUGAAAUAUAUAUAGAUACAUAUACAUGUAUAUGUAUAUAUAUACAUGUAUAUUUAUAUAUAUGUAACUGAACUAAAGAUAGACGGGACAAGGAAAAGAUAAUUAUUAUCGGUGAAAAUUAGUACGAACCUAAUAUGAUGAUCGGAUAUAUGAACUUCCGACGUAUUAUGUUAUGAUACGUUGUGUAUACAUGUUGUUACAAAGCUGCUGAAGAGGAUUGACUGAUUGACCGAUUGAUUGAUCGACCGAUUGAUUGAUUGAUUGGUUAAUCGAUUGUACACUCGUGUGUAUACCUAUCUAUUUAUCUAUCUAUCGACUUAUCUAUAUACACGUUUAAUAUACCUAUACGUACGAUAUAAAGUAUCUGUAAUUUAUUGAAAAUUAUGAUGAAGUAAAAUCGAAAACGGAAAGAGAAAAUAAACGAGAGAAACCGUUGACCGGAUGUAAUAAUGUACGCGAUGCGAAAUGGAAUAAACUUUAAACACGUAGAUAAUAAUUAAUAUUUGGCACCGUAAAUACACACGUGAAGGGUGAAAAGGAAAAAUCAAUCGUUAAUAAAAGAACAAAAGAAAAAGAUUUAUCUAUACACACAUACAAACAAACGCAAACAUACUCCCAUAUACGUAUAUAAAAAUAUAUAAAUAUCAAUUGUGGUGGCAGUGUAUUGAAUUAAAAUUAGUGAAUUAUGCUGAAGUUUUUAACGCACAAGCUACGAACUCACUCGCUGAACGAGGACCCGAACCAGGAGAAGAGCGACGAUGAUCACGACUCGGGAACUGAGUCCGACGAUGAGCUGCAGGUCGGGAUCGAGGAACCUUCCAGCUUUAUGGAGGGUAUGGAGAGUCCUGGACCACCCGACAGCGCUGUGCCAUCCGACAGCGACCUCGGGGCGCCGUGUCCGGUUGGAUUUCGGCCCUGUUUCGCGUCCCGAGAUAAGGUCGACGAACGGGUAAACGGCGACUGUUUCACGGGCGCCGUUUUAGCCCAGGCCCAGAGCCUAGACCAGCUUCGGCAUCAGCAGCGUCCGCAACCUAAGCAGAGUAAUCAGCCGUCGAGAAACGGGGGAACGGGCAACGGGCAAUCGAGGAGAGCGAAUCUCCUACUCCUCCUAAACUACAACGAUCAGCACAGCUCCGAGGAGGAACUCGAGGUGAUAAACAGGCCCAGAACACCGGCGAGUCACUUGUGCAGGCCUGUUACCGUACCCGAGAAGAGGAAAUGGUCCCAGGUCAGUUGCGAGUCGAAUCACGGCUGGAGUCCUUCCUUGCAGAGUCAGCUGCAGAUUCAUCGUUCUCAGACCCUGACGGAAAUCGGUGAUGCCAUUUUCUCUGCCCCGAACAGCAUAACGGGCAGGGAAUUUGUCGGAUGGGGAUCCAGCGACGAAGAGGUGCAGAGUCUUCUGAAAAAUUCAAUGUCGCAGCCGGUUCAAUUCUGCACGUCGCCUCCGGUCGACGCGUGCAAACCCGGUCGAUCCCUUUCCCCACCGCAGAAAUUGUUUCACGCAUUGAUGGAGGAGCCUCGGACAUCUCGUCCCAGAUCACGGCCGAGGCCUCAUCCCCUCAUCAAUUACCUCAACGCCGAUACGGACGCCCUCAGCGCCUGCAGUCCCAGGAAACGUCAUCGGCCACCUCACGAAGAUGUGCCACGGCCUUGUCUCGAUUUCGAGAAAAUGCGGCACUCGAAGGCGAAGGCGAUGAACGAGGAGACAUCCACCGAUGAAACUAAAAACGAGACGUCGGUACCGUGCUGAUGAAACUUGGCUGGGGAUGCGCAACGGGGCACCAAUCGGUCGCCUUUGUCCACGUGCCCCGAUGGCCGUCAGAUUUUCCGCGAUCCCUGAGCCUUGAUCCUGUCGCUCUGAAGGUUUUCAAGGUUUCACGGUUUCAGGACUCCCUCGCUUAAUCUAACGCCACAUGCCAGUGGCAGUCGGUGUUCUAGCUCUUUUGCUGAACGGGAGCCUCUAUCUUCCGAGCUCACGCCGAUCACAUCCUCGCAAACUCCGUCUGCCGCACAGCGAAGAAUGCCGCGAGAACGAGGGUGAACGUCGUUGCGAUGCGGGAUAAACCGGCGGGGAUGAUACGAUAAGGUCGAGGAGGAAGAGGAGGAGAAUAAGAAGGAGAAGGAAACGGGCGACAAAGCCGCGGAGGAGGAAGGGGACAGAAGGAGGGAAGGAAGCGAAGUCGCGCGAAGAGACGUGGAACGAGUGGGAGAAUGAGAGAAUUACUGAAUUACCGAAUUACUGAAUCACUGAAUUACUGAAUCUGCUAAAUCUCAAGAGGCACGAUGGAACGGACGAAGAGGAUGAAGGGAAGAUGGGGAAAAAGAAAUACUGCGAAAAUACAAACACACGAAAAAUGAAGAAACAUAUUAUGUACGUUUGAUAUGUAAGAUAUAUUUCUCAAAGCACCGAAACGUUGGGGAAGAAAACGAAACUGGGAAUACUGUUGAAUGUGGGGGAAAAGAUAGACUUUUCUUUUUUGUAAUUUUUUACCUGGGAACGAAAGUAGCGUAUUAUAUAGAAUGGCGGAAGCGGAAAUGCACGUAUGGCGAGAUGUGUUAGUCAGUCGACGUGAAUUGAUGUGGGUCGUCGAUUCGUACGGCAAACAUUUUUUAAAUUCAAUAAUAAUAAUAAUAAUAAAUAAUAAUAAAUAAUAAAUAAUAACAAUAAUAUUAACGAUAAUGAAUAGCGACAUAUAUAUUAUAUAUAUAUAUAUGAGUAAUAUGAGUUAAGUGAAUAGCGUAUAUGUCAUUAAGUAAUGAACUAUAAAGAAUAAAUAUUAUAAAUAUAUGUAUAUGUAUAUACAAUAUAUAUAUAUAUAUAUAUAUAUAUAUACAUAUAAAUAUACACACUCGCAGGCACACAUGCGUAUAUAAAACUACAUACAUACAUACAUACAUACAUACCCACAGACACACAUAUAUAUAUAUGUAAUACAUGGACAAGAACAAAUUGAAUUAUUAUAUAUAAUUGGAAUACAUGAAACAUAUUAAUCGUACGAUUGCUAUGUAUGUACGUAUAUCUAUAUACAUGUAUGUAUCAUAUUAUACAUUAUACGGUGCAUACAUUUAUAUACAUAUGUAUAUAUAUAUAUAUAUAUAUAUAUAUUUCCACACGCGUGCGCGUAUCUGCGCUUACAAAAUACGGCGACACAAUUUAAUAAAGAAUGAAACGCUAAACAUAUGUAAGAAAAUUUUAAUAACUACCAUCGUCGGUUUCCAUAAUGCAUAAUGAAAAGCAUGCGUCGUAGAAAGUAUUAUGUAUGAAAAUCUUAAAUCCUAUAUUAUAUAACUCGAAAACAGAGAAAAGAAAUUGAGAGAAGCAUUAGCAAAAAAAGAAAAAAAAAAAAAAAAAAAAAAAGAAAAUCUAUCGCAUUAGCACAUCGGUACAGAAACAUAAAAUACAACAAAAUGAAACAAACAAACGAACAAGCUGAUAGAUAUCUUAAUAUGUGUGUUGCAGAUGCAACUAAACCAAAAGAAUAUUGCGAUGAAAGUGAAAUGGACGUUGAUAUAUUAUUAUUCGCAUAAUACCGAAAUUGUAAUACUUAUCUACGUGAUUGUUCGUUUUAAAAAUACAUGCGUAUUUCUUUUUCUUUCUUUAAACCGUAAUAGGUACAAAAAAAAAAAAAAAAAAUCACUCCUGCACUGUUUUAAUUUUUUUCGCUGAAAACUAAAUGAACACGUGAUAGAAUAUAUCAUUAUGCUUGAUAUUAAAUUCUGUAAAAAGACUUCGUCCCCUUGGCAAACGCGUCGACAAAGAUUGCUGCCCUGCGCAAGCAAAAAAUUCUUAGUUAUUUCGAACUUUGAAAUGUACGAUUCUAUUUUUUAUUUUUACGUUUUAUCCUCUCAGCAUAUUAAUGGCAAUCUUUCGCAUUUAUACUGCAGAAAACGAGGAACGUAAGAGACAUACUUGAGUUAGCUCAGUCGGUAUAUCGCCUAUUCGAAAGCCGGACAGUUUUAUUUUCGGUCCUCAAAUCGCACGAGGAAAAAUCUGAAAAAUUCGCUUGGUAUAUUUUUUGCCAAACAAUGUCUUUUUGCUUGUUUUUUUAUUUAUUUAUUUUUUUUUCUUUUCCUUCCGAAUCGACGCGCGUUGUUUAUAAUUAUUCUAUCACCCGUUACACAUUAUUCGACGUUAAAAUUAAACCGUGAAUAUUUACUUGCCUUAUGCUCAAUCGAGCAGGAUUUUUCAUCCUUUGUUUCUUUAUUUGCAUGAUUAAAGAAUUGCGAAGAGACAAGUCGAAAUUAUUGUAAUCGAAUGUAUUGAAAACGAUCUUCUAUGCUUCCUUCGCCGGAAUGAAAGGUCAAAAAAGAGAAAGAGGGAACGAGGAGGAGAGAGCGAUAAAAGGAUGGAGAGAGGGGAAACAUCUUACUCGACAACUGCGAAUCUGUUACCAUUUACCACGAGGAAGAAAACAGAAAAAUACUGUCCGCUGUACACUCGCAGUCCGUAAAAAUAUUUUCGAUGGCCAGGCUUGUGCACGUAACGCCAAUUAAAAGGUUAAUAAACUAUCGUAAGAGUGUUAACAGUAAGAGGUAAUAACAUAGCGCUGUACACUCGUCGUCGUCGUCGUCGUCGUUGUCGUUGUUCUUCUUCUCGUCUGUAUUAUAAAUUCGUCGUCUAUAUGUAUGCACCUUUAUAUUACAUGCGUACUGGUAAUACACGUAACAAACGGGCGAAUCAUAAAAAAUUAAUUGUAUUGGAAAUUAAUUGUAAACGAAAUUUUCGAGCGUAUAAAGUUUCAUGUCCGCUCAUGAGUAUUCAAGCCCGCGAGUCAUUCUCACAUUAUAAUCGUCAGCAGCGUGCGGGGCACAUGAGUGCGUACAUUUGCAUAUAUAUUUUAUUAUACAAUACGUAUGAUAACGACGAUAAUAAUGAUAAUAAUUAUUAUAGAUAGAUAACCUCGUUGUAAUGAUAAUAUUAUUAACAACAAUAACAAUAAUACUGAUAAUAGUAAUUGUAGCGAUGAUGAUAGUAAUAGUGCUUCGUCGUCAGACGAGAUUCCGUUUAAUCAAUCGCAACAGAACGAAACACUUCAACUACGCUUUUGAUGUCGAUAUUAUAUUAUACGUACCGGUAGGACUAGGGUUGUAGGUACGUACCUAUGAGUAAAGCUUAAGGUUACAUGGUGUUCGCGCGAUCGAUCCUUGUAUAGUUAGGUAUACUUAUUUUUUUAUUUAUUUUUAUUUUUCUGCGUUAUCGCGUGACGCGAACCUCGAUCGUUUCAAACAUCAAGAUCGAAAGUUGAUGGAAGAUUGCUCAUCUCCAAUGAAUCUGCACGGAACGUUUUUCAAUUUGUAAGAUAAAUUCUCGCGGUUGCUUUCAAGAACUUCGCAACAACCUGCGAUAACGGGGCUGAACGUUUAUUGGCACUUGCUUCAAUGAGAGGAUGUAAUAACUAUCGUGAAACAGGAAGGAGAUACGAUGCCCGUGUCGUUUGAAUCGUUUAUUUGCCUCUAACGGCGAGAUUCGAUCCUGAAAGAGUUCGCUCCCAAACAUGGUACAUUUCUAUCUUAUUCUUAAAGUGAAAAAUUUUUAAAUCAGAGUAUUAUUUUCUCACGGAUAUUCUUUUACAAUAUUAACGUGCUUUCGUAUAGAAUCUCUUAUUCCGAGAAAAAAGAAGUCUUGUAUCAAUUAAAAUCCGCCGAACUUUGACGUCGACUGUAAUUUUCGCAGUAAUAUUGUCGUACAUCUUUACGCGAUCAUUGCGAAUUGUUCAACAAUUUUUUAAAACACGCUUUAAACACAGACAAAGCACUGAUUGUAACCGAACAGACGCAAUCAGUGUCAGUCUUCGUUUUAAACAUUAUUUCCAUAACCAGAAAUAAUUUGUCAAAAAUCUUGCAAUAAGACACUUUAUCUAAUUCUUAUGCACUGUCAUGUUUUCUGGAACUAUAAAUUUAGCAACGAAUGCAGCUGAAUCAAAGCUCACUUAACUAAAAUUGAUUCCACGCAUAUUUGUAACAUUUUAUUUUUGUUCGCGUCAGAUCUAAAUAUCGAGAAAGAGAAGCAGCGUUUGUAUUUGGAUAUGAUUUUGCAUAUUAUAUUAAUAUGUACAAUGAAUAAAUGGACAGAAACUGCUGAAACUUCUUUUCAAAUACGAGGUUUGUUAAAGUAAAUUUUUUGCCGGUUAAUGAUCUUACAACACGAAUUAGUCGAACCUGAUUCGACAACAUUUGAUUUACUCCAAAUAUUCGAAGCAACAACUUGAAGAACAGCGUAACAACGCAGUUUAGAAAACUUAUUUCUGUGCAUGGAUUCAUUCUACAAACAAAGUCUCAUACCGGAUUGAUCGGAAAGUGAGAAAAUUCACCUUCACAUGAGAUAGAAGAAGAAUUUAUAACAAAUCAGUAAGAUAUAAUUGUCCAGGCCAACCAGACAAAAGAGAAUUUUUUUUUUUUUCAAAUAGAGUAAUCGAUUUCAUCGUAAGUGACGAUUUUACGUACGCGGUAAAAAGCAUGCGUUUUUUUUUUUUUUUUUUUUUUUUUGUUGCCACUAUUAGCCUCAACAUUCUUCCGUUGCGGUUUUUACGUAUUCCGCUUCCUAAUACGAGCGCUGGUUAAAUAAAUAAUUCAACAGAGUUGCCCGCUCGCCAGAGAUUUAGUACUUUGCAGGGACGUACUUGAAAUUACAUACCAUUAAAUGCAUUUAAACUUGGCUGAAUAAUUUCCUCAAGGGUUGACCCCGCCCUUCGGUAACCGCGAGUUAAUCCUAUAGUAUUACGAUCAUGUACCUAUAUGUAAAUACAUCUGUGUCUAUACGCUGUAGUAAACGUGAUGAAAUUCUCAAUUUGUGAAAAUACACCGCUAUACCGGGUGAAAUAUUUAUCUUUUCCCUUUUAAUUUUCCUUCUUGCCUAGUGUACUUUCGUUUUCACUUUUAUUCGCGAAUUUUGCACAGCAUGCAUCCAAUUUAAAAAUGUACAUAUAUAUAACGCAUAUAUAUAUAUACCAUAUAUAACCGAAUCCUGUCCCCGGAGUAACGAUAUAGAUCGUAGCGUGUAGAAAUUGCGAGUGAAUAAAAGGCAUACUUGAUGUAUUAAACGAAGGAAAAGAUUGAAAAUGGCGAGGAAAUUAAUUAAGGUACGUAGCGAAGGUGAGAGAGAUCUUAGGAGAAAGAUAAAAAAGAAUAAAUAUGUUUUGUACCGUAGAUAUGGAUUUACAAUAUUUUUGUCCUAAUUUUCCAACCGUGUAAUGGAUAUAAAAGAAAGGAGAGAAGAAUAAAAAAAAAAAAAAAAAAAAAUUACUAUUCCUUAUAAUAUCGAGUCUUUACUGACUGUGACUAGACAUGGACUCUAGGGCACAACCAGUCUCAUCACCCACUGUGAUAAGGCUAAUAAUUUUUAGAUUUUUCUAAUUAAUAUUCUGAAUACCUAAUAGCCGGACGGCCGGCCGGCUGGCUGCUCGGCCAGUUUCAUUGACUGUGACCCUGCACGAUCGGUCCCCCCACCCCCCCACCCCUCCCGUAAGGAUAUUCCAAAGGUGUGUAAAUCAAUGAAAUUUGUAAACGACGACCCGACCCCGUUUCUACUAUACAUAUAGACUGACUCGCGCGUCACGCGUUGCUUGCGGCUCUACGUGACCACCGAUGCUGCUGAUACAGAUGCAACUACUGAUACUUGUCCGUUUAUACUAUACAUAUAACAUACAUUUACCCCUAACGAUAUGCAUGUAUAAAAGAUUCCGUAGGUAUUAAUAACUAAAGUGAUAAAUCGUCGUUGUACCGAUAAUAGAUUAUACUCUACUUAUAUACGGUUUAAUAAGCGGUGUAAUUAAUAAUUAAGGUGAAAACUAAGGAAGGAAUAUUCGGGGACAAAAUAUAUACCCCAGACCCAGCCUCUGUGACCCAACCCCCGCCCCUUAUAACAUAGAUAUAAAUUACACCCUCGAUAUUCCCUUUUAUGUGAUGUCUAAAUCGUCUACGUGUCCUUACACCAAUACGUAUUUAUGCAUGUUUACCUAAGCACAUACCGAGUCAUCGUUUAUUCGUACGAUUCGUCGCGUAACGCGUGCAUUAUCGCAACACAGGGUAUAUGUUGGCAACGAAGCGGUAUUGAAAAAAAUUUCACACACGGAGAUCAAUUAUUUAUAAGUGUACGGCUACUCCGGUACUUGAUUCUAAUUGCGUUGAUUCUGUGCGAAAUAUCAAACGCCGGCGUGUAUAAUAUGCGCGGAUUAACGAAGCGAACGAAGCAUAGAAGCGUUAGCAAAUACGCACGAAGUGAGCGAGUCGUGUUUAUGAUACCUAUAACAGCAACGAAUCAAUGAUAAUGCGGAAUUCUGAAUAUCGGUUUUAACCAAAGUCUGAUUUACUGGUGUAAUACUGUUUAGUUUUCAUCACGACCGUUUCGAUUUCACGUGUAUAACGUGUCGAAUACUUCCUUUUUCUUUCAUUUUCAAUAAAUUUCAAUCCACUUCAACGAAUAAUCAUGAUAAUUCUAAUAGCCACGAGAAGGAAAUAGAGGAGGGGAAAAAAGCAUUUUUAACCGCGAGGCAACAUCACGUCCCCGUAUUGAUCCUGUUCCUCGAUUCGUUUGCGUACACACUUCACUUCACACCGGUAUAUACACGUAUAAUAUAUACAUAUAUAUAUAUAUGUAUAUGCAUAUGGAUAUGUAUAUAUAUAUGUAUAUGUAUAUGUAUAAUUAUAUUAUAUAUACAGUAAAGCUGCAACGUUGUAAUGAGUAAUAUUUAUCGUGGAUAACAAUGAUAAUAUUAUUAUCGAUUGAUAAUGAAUAAAUGAAUAUUAAUUGUAAUAAUGAUAAACGAUACACAAAACAUUGAAUAAUAAUGAGUAAUAGGGAUAAAUAUAAUCACGUGAAUAAGAAUAAACAGUCGAUGAUGCUGAAUGGUGCUGAUGAUGGUAACGACGACGAUGGCGAUGGCAAUGAUGAUCGUGACGAUGAUAAAAUUUGUCAUUAACAAUAAGACAAACUGCGGCGAGAUUUUUAAAUGAACAAAUAUUGUGAGGUCACGUACGUUGUAUAACGCGAAUUUUAUAAUAUCUUUACUCCGAUGAUGCGCACUCGAACGCUUCUACGAGUUUUUACAAAGUGAAUAAGUAACGAAAGAAAAAGAAAAUUGAAAAAAGGUAUACACACACACACUCACGCAUACACUCACUCAGUUAUAAACACGGAAGGUUUUCGUUUUUUUUUUUUUCCUUUUUGCCACCGCCUCCCGUUUCCUUCACUCUCGUUCUGUUUGUUGUCAGUCUCUCUUCAACUUUCUCCCUUGUGAAUAUCUGUAAAUUAUUAUUACUGUAAUACCUUUGCUUAAUUUAGUAUGUGUGAUCGUUUGAGAACAAAGGAACAAAGAAAAAUGGGAUUUCUUGUGUGUAAUAUACAAUAUUGUAAUUUUUCAUAAAGUCUAUAAUAUUAUAUUAUUAAUUGUAUAACUUGCGUAGUCGAAUGAAAUAUCAAUAGUUUGGUAUAACUGCCGUUAUCCAUAAAUACUGUAAUUUAUAUUUAAUUUGAAGCCGAGAUGAGUACAGCUGGCAGCAAAGUACUCGAGUAAAGUUAUAAAUAAUAAUAUUUAAGUAAUAAUAAAUAACAAAGCAAAUUAUAUUUAAAUAAGAUUGGAAAAAAAAACCAAGAAAACGACAACGAAAUCAAAUUUAACCAAAAAGACAAAGAAACAAAAUGACGGCGCAAAAGUUGGUGACUUCCUUUCUUUCUCUUCGAAAUUUCGCAAAUAAUAAUCCUAGGCAAGAAGUAUAUUGUACGAGUAUAUUUUGAAGCUAGCUGUACCGAUGUUUGCAAAACUCUAUAAUAUCUACUCAACUAUCUACCUAUCUGUUGUCUUUGUUACGGGUGAUAAUAUGUGUUGACCCUUCUUCUAUAAAUAUACGAAUAGUCAAAAGAAAUAUUCGCCACUGUCCUCCGCGAGAAAAACUGCCUCAUGUAUAAUUAGAUAUGAGAAAGAAAACAAAUUUGAUAAUAAGAACUGAGGAGCGCUGCAGAUUCUACUCGAAUGUAAUUAAUUUUUCGUUCAAAGUGAAGAAAUAAGAGAGAAUAUUUAUGCGCACGUGAAUAGUUUUCAAUUUUCACAAUUAUCCCGGGUUCAUCACGCGCUUUUGUACAAAGCCAAUAUGGGACAAUAUACCUGUACAAUUAUUAUCAUACAGUAUGAUCGCCGAUAGAGUAUGAUUACGCGGUCUAAUCAUACGUCUAUCAAUCCGAAUCCGUUUGAUUGAAUAACCCGCAAUAAUUUCCGAAUUCAGUCUCGAUAGUCUGCAGCGGUUUAUAUCGUCUCCAAGCUCUCGUCGUAACUCUCGACGAAAAAUUCAACUCGCCCCACUUAUCCGUUGAAUUUAAUGAAACGAUGAAGAAGAACCGAAGAAAUUAACGAAUGAAAGGAAAAAGAACUAGUGAAAAUAAAAGGAGAGAAUAAAUAUAAAAAUAUACAAAAAGAUUUAAAAAAAAAAAAAAAAAAUUAAAAAUAUGGACCACUGUACACGAAAUAUACAUACCUGCAUUCUUAUAUACUUACAAUACGUACUUACUAAGGGUAUGAGUGCAUCACUGGAUAUAUUGUGCAAGCUGCAGACACCCCCGUACUAUUUUACUACUAUUAACUAAUUACUAUUACAGCUACAACACUACUAUACUAACUACUCUAUUUACCUAAAAUUAAAAUAACGUUACUUCACAUACCUACUGUGUAAUUCUCACCACUGAUUUUUGAGCGACGAGUCAUUAUAAUUGUAUACACGCAUAGCAAUAGGUAAGGCAAUAGUUUUAAACGAUAUCCCGACCCCGAUUUAACGACGCAACUUUAACGGUUCGUUUAAAAUUACCGAACGGAAAUUAAAAAAAAAAAAAAAAAAAUCAACACGAAACCGAAACCCCAAUCUAAUGUAACAAUAAUUUCAUUCAUCCUGAUCACGUCACGCUGACA